AAUACCUGAAAAAGCGUAUGUUUCCGUUGUCGAAAUCCGCAUAAAUCAGCAAAGCAGGAAGAACAAAACUGCACAGAUUCGUGCAAUACUCAUUUCGCAGUAACCCGACCGAGAGCAAAUCAAUGUGCCUUUCUCCCGAUAUUCAACAUGGUUGCGACAGCGCGUCAGCUGCUUUGUAUUUGAAAAUCUCGCGUCGCGGAUGGAGCUUGUCGUAACCGUUCUAUCACUAUCCACGGUAGCGAUUGCUGUACAAUCAGCAAACAAUACAAGCAAUCCAUCAGGAGGACAAUUCUCGUGCAGUAAUGGUAUUCUCAUUGACGAAAUCCGAAAAUGCAACGGAGUUAAUGACUGCAGAAAUUGGGACGAUGAGUGCGAAUGUGGAGAUUCGGUAGAGACACUCUGCCAGAAAAGACCAUGCUUAAAUGGCGACCAAGAGAUUCGAAGGAGACAAUUAUGUGAUGGAAUUUUUGACUGCGAUGAUUUGUCAGAUGAAUGUUUAUGCGAUAAAAUUACAGAAGAAAAUCGAGAAACGCACUAUUUGUGUAAGUCUAUAUUUUCAUCCCAAGAAUGCGAAGUUGGUGAGAUAUCAUGUGCAACAAACUCGCCCGGCAAAUCUUGCGUGAGCGCGGCCGAUUUAUGUGAUGGUUUAGUCAACUGUAUGGACGAAAGUGAUGAACGUCAUUGUUAUAGAUUAGGUGGCAUCAAUAUUACUUCACAGCAAUGCAAAAAUCCAGACAUAAGGACAAUCGCCGGUAAAUUAAUCACUGUUUGUCUAUGUGACGGAAAGGUGGAUUUGGAAGAUGGCGAGGACGAACAAAACUGUGACAGAUAUUUUUACUGUUCAAAUGACAAGAAUGCAUUUUCAUCCACGCUUGGGGAUAAUGCAACAAAAGUUCAUCGCAGUCUGUUUGGUGGUGUUCCGGGUCUAUAUAUUGACUGGAGAAGAACGUUUGACGGGGUUCAAGACUGUCCUGAUGUUUCAGACGAAUGGCACGAUCGCUUUGUUUAUUGCCCCAAAAACAGUAUUACAAAUGAAUCCCAUCAUGAUUUUUGUAACGGCAACCAACUCAGACACAUGGCAUCUCCGAGUUACGCCAUUAAAUCGCGAAUAUUUGCUAUGUUGCAGUGGCUUAUUGGGUUGAUUACAAUAACAGCAAACGGGACCGUGGUGAUUCUAACAAUGCGAUCACUUGCAAAAGGAAGUAGCAACCUUGAUAUUCGAACGAGAAGAGCAAACCAGGUACUCGUACUUAAUCUUAGCAGCAGCGAUAUGUUGCUGGGAAUUCAGAUGCUGGCUAUUGGUGUUUCGGAUGCAACUAUGUCCGGGCAGUAUUGGAAAUAUGAUUUGAAUUGGAAAUCUGGUUCUUUUUGUUUGGCUAUCGGGUUCCUGGCAAUCACUUUGACGCAAGUUAGCAUCCUGACUAUAUUCGUCAUUUCCGUAUUACGUUUGUACACCGUACUUCGACCAUUUGCUGUCGUUCGAGUUAGAUACAUAUCAUUUGUUGCAAUUAUGAUAUGGGUUGUUGCAAUGUUUGCCGCAAAAAUGCCAACAAUGGAUUUUGCACCCGAAAUCGAAGACUAUUUCUUACGUGCUGUUGCAAUACCAAAUCUCCCUCAAGUGGAUGCGACUGUUAUUGAACGAAACGAAGUCAAUGAUCUUCUGACCAAAGCAUAUGUACUAGAACAAGUUUUCAAAUUUCCACAGACUAACGUUACAGCACCUAUAUAUAAGAAUAUGAGAUGGCGCGAUUUAGAAUCUGCUCUCAUAACGAUAAAUCCCCAGUUUGGCAAUUGGAGAUAUUAUAGCUAUUUCGCUCAUACUAGCAUGUGCUUGCCUUCAGUUAUCGUCAAAGUUGGAAGCCAUGCUUGGGAAUAUACAUUCAUAUCAGUCGUUGUCGAUAUAUCUGCAUAUGCUUUUGUUGUUAUAGCUUACGCAAUAGUAAUGCGCAAAACGAGAUCUUUGCCGUGUUCCAGUAGACAAAAUGGGGUAGUUACAAAAGACAAAAGACCUUCCAAUACCAGUCAAGUAUUUGCAACUAAUACUCUUGUCAGUCGAGUAAAUAGAAAGGUAUCAAAAGAUUCGACAACGUCUUACGCAACUCGAAUAAAAGUAAUGAAAAACGUAAGACAGAAAGAAAAUCGCCAGAUGCAGAAGCGAAUAUUUUGGCUGGUUUUUACAGACUUUUUAUGUUGGGCGCCAAUUUUAAUACUCAAUAUCGUCAACAUGAUAAGCCCUCAAGAUGACGCUGUUAUCUCGAAGGCAUUAAGUAUUGGUUUUAUAUUAAUGCAACUCAACAGCAUGUCGAAUCCUUUUAUAUAUUCAAGACCAGUUCGAAGAGGAGCAAUCGCAAUUAUUAUCGGGCCUUGUAGAAUUAUAUAUAGAAAAUUCGAACCGAUUUUGAGAAAACCUUACCCUUCAGAAAGCGACGUUGAGCCCACUGCUUGCACUUCGACUGCGACUAAUCAUUGUUCUUCUGAUGUUUAAAUGCCCUUUACCUUGUAACUGUAAAUUUUUCAGGGAGUCUCGUUUUUUAUUGUAUGUAAAAAUUAUUAAAUAUGUUAUAAGUCUGUAGUUUGGUAAUAAUAGGAUCCAUCUCAAUUAUUAUGAAUGGCCAAUUACAAUAAGAAAUCCCAAUAUUUUUUUGAAUUUUUAACUUUAUUAAUGCUCAGCUGAUUGCACUAUCUUAUAUGUAUUAAAGGGAGCCAUCUGCGAUUGAAUUCCAUUUAUAUUGCGGUAUUUCUUUGAUCAAACCACCUUGACAGAGAUAACUAGAUGUAGCGUGUCCUUUGGUCAAGACAAAAUUGAAAAUGAAACAAAUUUCAGGAAUACCUGAAGUGAAAGUAUUACGUGAAUGUAAUAUGUUGGCUUGCGACACGUUUAGCACUAUAACAUCCAGUUUCAGCUUAUCAAGUAUUCAAACAUACCAGUGUAUUUUUACCAAAAAAGUUAGGUAGAUAACUUAAAGUUAAAUUUGCAUUCCUUUGAUAACUCUGAAAUGUUAAAUGCCCAUUAACGUGCACAUUCUUUUUCAACAGGCUUCUUGAAAACCCGACCAUGUAUAACUGUAACCUAAUUAUGUAUGUAAACGUGGAAUAUGUGAGUGAUUGAAUGUUUGUAUUAAUUGAAUUAAUCUUUGAAAAAACUUACACAAGGCAUGUACAGCGACAUAUGAUAAAACGAUUUACUUAUUGCUUCAAAAUUUAUAUAGGAAUGCAAAUUAUGCAGUUUUAUGGUUUAAUAAACGUUCAGUACGGUUUUAUUUAUGUCACACGCGCAACCUUAGUGAAAAAGUCAUAUUUGAUAAAAAAAAAAUGUUAUCAAUUAAUAAGGUUAAUGUUAUCAAAUUUAUUCAUUUGUCUAUUAAAUUAUAUUUAUUCCAUUUCAGUAUAUCGAUAGUUUUUUAGGUUUAAGCUAGGUUGAGACAACAAACAAAUACGCUAGCAAUAUCACUGUGUUUAUAAAAAUUGAAAUUUUUGCAUUCUGUGUUUAUAUAUCAUGAAGAUUCAGAUCAAAUUUGCUUGUUCUUCAAUCGGGGUACUAAAAAACAUAUACAGUUAUUCGGUACUAUCAAUGAUUUAUGACAUCAUCAUGUUUACUUUGUUACAGUCGAUAAGUUUUAUCUGUAUAUGCUAUUAAAUAAUUGGAUUAUACUUGA